GUGCUCCGGUGCUCCUCUGCUGGGCUUUGUGCUGCUAUUUGUGUGAUGGCUUGCAAUUCGGCAACCUGCCAAUCCGGCGGUUGCUACAGAGAAGACAACGGCGACAAAGUAGAUGAUCAAUUUCCACAGCCGCCGCCGGCUGUGGCGACUGAGUCCACCCAGCAGCCCUUAUCCAAUGGCAAGAACUCGGAUUCCGCCUUUUGCAUCAAAUGCAAGCUUAAAGAAUCUAUGGCAGCGGCCUUCUCGUCCUCCUCUGCCUCAGCUCAAGUUACCGGCGGAGGUGGAGGCGGUGGCCGUGGUGGUGCUAGCGAUAGCAGCCGCUUCUGUGGAGAUUGUUUCCGGAGCAACCUUUACGGGAAGUUUAGGUUGGCCGUCACUUCUAAUGCUCUGAUUUCGCCUUCUGACAACGUGCUCGUCGCCUUCUCCGGUGGCCCUUCUUCUAGGGUGGCUCUUCAGUUUGUUCAUGAGAUGCAAAUGAAAGCACAGAAGAAUUUUGAUGCAAGUAGAGAUAGAUCAUUGCCUGUCUUUGGCGUUGGGGUUGCUUUUAUUGUUGAAAGUUCGAGUAUUUCUAUACCUGCUGACAAAUUCAGCCAAGCAGUUGAAGAAAUGAGAUUGGUUGUCUCGAAUUUGGCUCCUCCAGUUAAGGAGUUCCAUGUUGUUUCUACUGAAAGUAUUUAUUCUUCAGAUUCCAACAAUGGAAGAAAUAGAUUGAAAGAGUUGCUAAAUGCUGUUGCUGAUGUCACUGGAAAGGAAGAUCUAUUGGUGCAUUUGCGAAUGUUAGCCUUACAAAAGGUUGCGCUCAAGAAUGGAUAUACCAAAGUUUUGCUAGGCACAUGCACCUCUAGGAUAGCUUGUCGUGUCCUUGAAGCAACUGUUAAGGGCCAGGGUUACUCUUUGGCUGCAGAUAUCCAAUAUGUCGAUGCAAGGUGGGAGAUACCUGUUAUACUUCCUCUGCAUGAUUGUCUUGCUCAAGAGCUGAAUAUAAUGUGCAGCCUUGACAGUUUGAAGACUGUAGAAGUUCAUAAUGAUCAUCAUUCUGGCAUCAAUGCCUUGAUUACUUCAUUUGUCAAACUGCUUCAGGAAGAAAAUCCUUCUCGAGAAAGUACUAUCGUUAGGACAGCAGGAAAGCUUACGCCAUUCCAUUUCAAUAGAAUGCCAGAGCCAGAUGACUGCAAUAUGCAAUUGGCAUCGCAAAGGCGGCAGAAAAAGUACAAUUUGAAACCUAAUGAAUCUCUUCCUCCAGAGUCAUUCUGCAGAAUUUGCAAUAGUCCACUCAAGAAAUCUGACGUCAAAAGUUACAAAUUGGAGAAUCAAAUAAUGUCAGCAGAAGAUAUUAGUAACGGAUGCUGCACAAGUUGCCAGUUUCAAAUUCUUCCAAAGGAUAUUUCUCUGCUGGAGCACUUUUAUUCACUUCUACCACAACAAAUGGUUGCUCGAGGUGAAUAUAGCUGCCUUGGUGAAGAUAGGUGGCUAAGGGAGCAGAUACAAGAUUAUCUGCUUUCAGACACUGAGGAUGGAACCUGAUCCUAGGGUAUCAUGAUGGAUUCACCAUGAUAUGAUGAUCCUAGGGAAUCUGAUCAUAUCGGAUUCACCAUGCCUGAUUGCUUGUAUGCUUUACCCAGUGGAAUCACGUCCUUCAAUUGGGCAGAUUAAAAAGGAGAUGGUGACACGAAGCAGGAGCUAGGCAUUGAGUUGAAAAUUUUUUCCUUCUGAUCCUCAAAAAAUUUGUGGGCAUCUUGUUUGACAUCUCAGCUUAUAGUAAAGUGAGGAAUUACCAGGCGCUUUGCAUCCCUCUCCAGGUCCCUUUUUCUCGAGAUCUUAAUUGGGUUUUUUCUCCUAUAUGGUUUUGCUUUGCCAUUGCUAGAACACAUUGGCUCAUUCUUUAUACGUCUGUAUGUGGACAUCGCGAGAAACCUGUAAUUUGAAACUUUUUUAUUGUCUGAAUUAUUGGAGAACAUGUCUGAUGUUAAACAGCUCAAAUUUUGAUGUCAUAAUAGUUUUUUGAAUUAA